GCCGUCACGCGGUCAGCUCCCGCGUCCCUCACGGUCCAGGCCCGGCGGCUACUUGCCCUUGCACGGAGGUCAGAAGAGACGGAGGAUGUGAGUGAAGAAGCCCCAUUGCGGGACCGUUCCCACAUUGAGAAAACCCUGAUGCUGAAUGAGGACAAGCCAGCUGACGAGUACUCGGCCGUGCUGCAGCGGCUUCGAAAGAUCUACCACUCGUCCAUCAAGCCCCUGGAGCAGUCUUACAAGUACAGUGAGCUUCGGCAGCAUGAGAUCACAGACGCGGAAAUCAUUUCCAAGCCCAUGGUGCUGUUCCUUGGACCGUGGAGCGUCGGUAAAUCAACCAUGAUAAACUACCUCCUUGCGUUGGAGAACACUCGCUACCAGCUCUAUACAGGUGCUGAGCCCACCACCUCUGAGUUCACGGUCCUCAUGCACGGGCCCAAGCUGAAAACCAUCGAGGGCAUCGUCAUGGCUGCUGACAGCACCCGGUCCUUCUCACCCCUUGAGAAAUUCGGUCAGAAUUUUCUGGAGAAGCUGAUUGGCAUCGAAGUCCCUCACAAACUUCUGGAGCGGGUCACUUUUGUGGAUACACCAGGCAUCAUUGAGAACCGCAAACAGCAAGAAAGAGGUUACCCCUUCAAUGACGUGUGCCAGUGGUUCAUCGACAGGGCCGACCUCAUCUUUGUCGUCUUUGACCCAACCAAGCUGGACGUGGGUCUGGAGCUGGAGCUGCUCUUCCGCCAGCUGAAGGGACGUGAAUCCCAGAUAAGGAUCAUCCUGAACAAGGCCGACAGCCUGGCCACCCAAAUGCUCAUGCGGGUUUACGGUGCUCUCUUCUGGAGCUUGGCCCCUCUCAUCAAUGUCACAGAGCCCCCAAGAGUUUAUGUCAGCUCCUUCUGGCAACAAGACUAUAAGCCCGACACCCACCGGGAACUGUUUCUAGAAGAAGAGAUCUCCCUCCUGGAAGACCUGAACCAGGUGAUUGAGAACAGGCUGGAGAAUAAGAUUGCCUUCAUCCGCCAGCACGCUAUCCGGGUCCGCAUCCAUGCCCUCUUGGUUGACCGCUAUCUGCAGACUUACAAGGACAAAAUGACCUUCUUCAGUGAUGGAGAACUGGUCUUUAAGGACAUCGUAGAAGAUCCUGAUAAAUUCUACAUCUUCAAGACCAUCCUGGCAAAGACCAAUGUCAGCAAAUUUGAUCUUCCCAACCGUGAGGCCUACAAGGACUUCUUUGGCAUCAACCCCAUUUCCAGUUUCAAACUACUCUCCCAGCAGUGCUCCUACAUGGGAGGUUGCUUUCUGGAGAAGAUUGAGCGGGCCAUCACCCAUGAGCUUCCCAGCCUCCUGGGUAGCCUCGGGCUGGGGAAGAAUCCAGGUGCUCUGAACUGUGACAAGACAGGGUGUGGAGAAACCCCAAAAUCGCUAUAGGAAACACUAGAUUGUUGCGCGGCCAUUCUCGAGUUCCUAUUGGUGAAUGAGCUUGUGUCCUGUCUGAAAAGUCCUGGUUUAUUAACCUUUUGAGCCACACCGGGCGAGAAGUAGGCAUUGGAGAUUUGGGAUUUAACCGAGGCCGUGGGUCAGGGGAGGACAGUAGAAACUGUGAAUUAUAGUGUGCUCAUCUUGUUGCUUCAAUUAGGAGGCCUGAUUGAGGCGAGUCAGGCUACAGCUGCUUUUCCAGGGCCUUCUCUUGGAGGGACAGGGCACAGCUACAUUCUAGUAUGUACUGAUUAAUGAGGGUCAAAUCAGCUAAAAGCAGCUGAAAUUUUUCCUUAUGAGCUAGGAAGAGUGAAGACCUGAGUUACGGGGGCUCCUCAGGUCCAUUUUGGUUUCCUUCCACAGUCACAGUCUUCUGUUUGCUCCCCAGCCCUCUGCUGCCUCCGAAGUUCAGGCUGACUUUCAACAGUGGGCAAUCUCUUGGGUCUAACUCUUCCUGAGUUUUGAGCUUAUCCCCAGGACCUCUUCCCUGUUUCCUCACGGGGCAGGGCAGGGCAGUGCUGUAGGCUGCCAGGCCCCUAAGAGCAGGGGAGUCCCCAGGUUAGGAUAGGAGCUGCCUCCUCCACGGCCAGUUCUCUGAUGCAGACUUCCCAGCCAGGUGGAGCUGGUCCUGUUAUCAGCCCCAAGAGGAAUGGGAGUGUUCACAGUGUAUUCAGGUCACUUACUUUCUGGAAGUGACUUCAGUGAGAUUACUGGAAGGGCUCAGAGCGUUAGUUGGUUUGCAGUGACUUUUGUCUGUUGCAUGUCUUGGAAAACUCAGAUCCCAGAGGCGCUGGGUUUCAGAGGAAAAUGGAGGUCCUGCUCCUUUUCAUGCGGGACUUCGAGCAGCCAGCCUCUCCUGAAUUUCAGAGGAGACGUUUCCACGCUUUCUCUGUGGGAACACUUGGCGAAAGAAUCGUUUCUUCCCAGUUUUCACCACCCUGGCUUUUGCUUUCCUCCUCUUCUCCAUUCCCUGAUGCACCAAACACAAGGAACUUGGAGUAAUUUCAUGAGUCAGAACCAGCUCCAGCUACUCUGUGCCAUUGUUAACAUUCAGUUUCCCACCUGAACUAGAUACCGAUGUCCACGUCUCUGCACCUUGGGAAAGCCAGGCCUUCAAAAACCAGAGUGUGAAUAUGUGUGGAUGUUGUCCAAGAGGAAUUAGGGAGAUACCACAGAUGAGAGGGCGCAGAGAAGGACCUUCUCCUGGGAGAUUCCUGCCUGGCUGGCGUGCACAUGGAGAGCGGGGCGGGCAGAGCCUGGAGGGCGGCGCCUGGAGGUCAGCAGCAGCCUCUUGAGGAAAUGUGGAUGGGGGAGUGGUCUGCCCCCAUCUGGCUAGGGCUGCCUGGAGGGGCUUCUCUCAGCACAGGGCGUCAGUUGUCCUGGGGACUCAAAUACGGGGCCUAGCUCAGAAGGUCCUCCUGGACCAGAGCAGAGUGGAAGUGAAGCAAGGCAAUCUGAGAUUCGGGCAUUGGGAGCCAGUGGCCAUCAGAUUAGGGCCGCGCAGAGAACUGUUAGUGCUCUGGUCCAUGCUGCACGGUGGCUGCCGCUUUUGGCUCUGCAGAAGGCCUGGAACCUCCAACAAGAAAACCAGAGGCUGCACAGCCUCCAGGACACUCUAAGGAGGGAGUCAACCAGAGAAGGAAAGGGAGUGCUCUAAGGGGCAGUAAGGAGCCUGCUGACCAGGGGCUGAUGAGCUGGAAUUGCCUGGACUUUUCUUCUGAAAAAACCUAAAACCUUUGCCUUCUCUCUCCUUCAUUCACCCUCCUGGGGUCUGCCCUCCCACCUCUCCCCUUAACGUUCCUUAAUGCACAUCUGUGUUUCUCAGUGCAGUAAGGGAAGCAAGCGGUGGCAGCACUGUAUGGGCAUUGUCAUAGCUGUUGAUGUCACCUUUGCUUUGGGGAAGGUGGGUGGAAUGAGGCGAAUGAAUUCACACUAUGUUUAGAUUCUGGGGGCUGCAUUAUCGGUGUGCUCUUUGUUUCUUUCUUCGCCUUUUGCACUUUUCUUCCUCCUCCUAUUUUUCUGUCCAUAAUCCUCUUCUCUCUGAACUGUUUCUCUCCUCCUCACCCCUUGCCUCACCUCCUCCCUGCCUGCCCGCAGGCCUGUCACUCACUCAGCACAUGUACUAAGUGCUUGGUUUUGCCCAGCUCUGUGGAGGUGGAUUUCCAGCAGAAUUCUGACUCUUUGGGGAUGUUGGGGUCUGGGGGAAAUCUAGGACCCAGAGAUCCCCCAAGAGGAGAGCUGUAAGUAUUUGUGCCUCAACAGUUGCUGUUUCUCUACAGAACUGAACCUUUCUAGUGUACUUUUCAAUUCUGAUUUCAUCAGGGAGAAAGCCUCUAUAAUAAAGUUCCAGUCUCUCUUUAACAAACACUUCGUACUUUCUCACUGUCUCCAACCGAUUUAAUCUCUGUCUUUCUGUCUAGUAGAAUGUGCUGAGUUUUUAAGCUUCUUGGGGACAGACUGAAAACUUAUAAACUGCCCACUCUUGUUUCAGGUGUUCCUGCACCUUCAGCACACUCCCUCCUGCUUGUCACCUCCCAGGUGCUCAGAGAUGACUCGGUCCCUCAGCUGCCUGGGAAACCCAGGCCUUUGGUUGCAUGGCCUGAAACUUCAGGAAAUACUCUCUGCUCAACUCCUGAGUCUGUCAUUGCCACUGGCUCUUUUAAUAGAGGUUACUUGAAAUUUCUAUUCCCAGUUCAGGCACAGUUAAACCAUUUGGCUAAUACUACCACCCACACAGCUGCCUACCUGAUACGCAAAGAUUCUGGUGGAGGAGGCCAGCAAAUCUGCCCCAAGUGGUAAGGCUGGCCUCCCCACUUGGCUUCUCCAGAAAGCCGUCACCCUGGCCCCACGGUGUGGGUCUGGGCCUCCUGACUCUCCUGAGGAGUUCCACACCUUUUUUUUAUUUUUUGUUUUACUUUCGAUGAGGUUUACAGAACAAACAGUUUCUCAUUAAACAGUACACAUAUUGUUUUAUGACAGUGGUUAAU